AUGGCCCACCCGGCCAUCGGCCCCGCGGCGCCAGAAGCCCGCCCGCCCGCCACGCCAUGCCGCCACGCCGCCCCCAAGUUCGGCCAUUCGAUCGGCGCCGGGCGUCGGGGCCGGGCGAUGCCGGCGGCGGCGGGCCCAUCGGAUGUUUUCGCGCUGGACCUCGACGGCGUGCUGGUGGACUCGGCCCCGGAGAUCGCCUCAACAGGAUAUGGCACUGCUGCUGCCCUUUGGCCUGAUGUUUUCGAGGGUGCCGACGAUCAGUCAAAGGAGAGGGUCAAGCAAGAGCUGAAUAAGCUGCGUCCACUGAAGACCAAUGGCCAUGAGGAGGUGCUGAUGGCACGGCUACUUAUGGAGGCCCCGCAAAAGGCAUCAGAGAUCGCUGAGGACUGGCCGGCAGUGCACGACGCUGCCUUGGCAGAUCUGGGGUGGACGCCAGAUGACCUUCAGGCAGAGUUUCUGAAAUUCAGGGAAGCCCAGAAGGCCAAAGACUUGGCUGGUUGGCGCCGGCUGAAUCAACCCUACCCUGGCAUCAAAGAGACCCUAAUGUACUGCGAGUUCCCCUUCUACAUUGUGACCACCAAGCCCCCAGCAUCGGCUGCAGGGCUCCUGCAGGACAUCCUUGGCCUCAGCAUACCUGUGGACUCGCCAAGGCUUAUUGCCGGCCUGUAUCCCCCAGGGGAAGCUAAGGCACGGGCCCUCAGGGAACUGGGGGAGCGCCCAAUGUGCAAGGAGCCUGGCGUGAGACUGCAUUUCGUCGAUGACCGUCCAGAGACUGUCGAGCUCAUGAGUACUGCUGAAGACAUGGCCAGAUGGAAUCUGUACUUUGCGGACUGGUGA